ACAAAAACAAAAGAACAAAACAAAAGCUGAGAGAUUGAAAACGCGCGUUUUGGGCUUCAAACGCUGAACCAAACGGGCACUGAGAGGGAGAAGGAGAUUGAAAUCGAGAGGGAGGGAGAAAGAGAUAUCGAGAGGGAAAAGCUGCUCCAGAAAACUCAAAAAAUAAUUCGUUCUUAGCGGCUCAAGGGAGGUAUUUACAGGCGGCUCUGGCCAGUACUGGGCCGCUCCGGCCAGAACUUGGUUGGGUAAGUUCACAAUAUUUUUGGAUUUUCCGUCUAAGUUUCAGUGUUUCUCUCGAUUUGUCUCUCCCUAUCGCUCUCCCUCGCUUUGAGGAUUUAACGGCAACAGUGGAUGGAUGGUGAGUUAGCGAAGAUUGAAUUAGAGAGAGGGGGAAUCUUUCGCCACUGUCUGACUGCCUGAAUCGCCACCGGAGGCGAAUUUAAUAUUACAUUUAAAUGGAGGAAGUGGAAAAUGGAAUUAGUGAACUUGAAGAGGGUUUGCUUGUCGUUAGCACUAAAGACAACAAGAAAGUAGAUGUUGAGAAGGAAGAAGAAGAAGAAGAAGAAGAGGAACAAGAAGGAGAACAACAAGAAGAAGAUGACGAGGAUGAUGAUGACGGCAACGAAGACGAGAAUGAAGGUGAAGGGGAGUAUAUGUUCAGAUUUAAAGAUGGGAUAAACCCUUUUGAUUUUGUGGAAGAUAAUGUUGAUUCUGGUGUCCAACCUUAUGAGCAGUUUGAGCGACUUGAGUAUGAAGCUCUUGCUGAGAAAAAGCGAAAGUUACUUGCCGAUAGUCAUUGUGAAGGAUCAAUGAAGAAGGCUAGGCAAGAAGAUACAUCUGGAGCAAGCAUGGAUGAAAUAAUGGAAGCCAUGAAUUUUGGUGUUCGAAGGAAAUCAAGGAAGCCUAAGAAAAGAGGUAGGCGGAAAGGAUCAAAGAAUAAACUCAGCCCUGAAAUUACACGGAUGCUUGGUGAUGCUACCCUUCAUUAUGCACAUGGUCAUUAUGAAGAGGCCAUAUCAACGUUGCAUGAAGUUAUUAGGCUAGCACCAAAUUUGCCUGAUCCGUAUCAUACGCUUGGACUUGUCCAUAAUCGACUUGGUGAGGAUAAGAAAGCCUCAAAUUUUUACAUGAUAGCUGCGCAUUUAACACCAAAAGAUUCAUCUCUUUGGAGGCUGCUUUUUACAAAGUCUAUUGAACAAGGAAACAUUGGUCAAGCUAGUUAUUGCCUUUCUAAAGCAAUAUUGGCAGAUCCUAAAGAUGUUACUCUAAAACUUCAUCGUGCAUCACUCCAUGUUGAGCUUGGAGAUUAUCAGAAAGCUGCAGAGUCAUUUGAUCAAAUAUAUCAACUUAGUCCUGAGAACAUUGAAGCAUUAAAAACAGGGGCAAAGUUGUACCAGAAAGGUGGUCAGCUUGGACAUUCUAUCCGCAUUCUUGAGGAUUAUGUUAAAGGUCAUCCAAGUGAAGCUGAUACAAGUGUGAUUGAUCUGCUAGCUUCCAUAUUCAUGGAAAGUAAUUCUUAUGACAAAGCUCUCCUACUUAUUGAGCAUGCAAAGCUGGUCUACUAUUCAGGAAAAGAGCUGCCCUUGAAUUUGACAAUAAAAGAAGGAAUAUGUCAUGUUAACCUUAAAAAUAUGGAGAAGGCUGAGGUUCUCUUCAGUAUUUUGCAGCGGGAAAGUGUAAAUGAUCAUGCUCAUUUGAUUGUCGAAGCUGCAGACUCAUUAAUGAGUCUUGAGCAUUAUGACUCUGCAUUGAAGUACUAUCUGAUGUUGGAAGGAAGUGCUAAAGGUGACAACGGUUUUUUAUAUCUGAAAAUUGCUCGGUGUUACUUAUUCUUGAAAGAAAGAGUGCAAGCAAUUUUCUUCUUGUACAAAGCUCUACAAAUGCUUGAGGACAAUAUUGAUGCCCGAUUAACUCUGGCUUCCCUCCUUCUAGAAGAAGCUAAAGAAGAAGACGCAAUUUCAUUACUUGCUCCGCCAAAAAAUUUUGACUCUAUUGAACUACCUCCUGAAAAAUCUAAACCCUGGUGGCUAAAUGAAAAGGUAAAACUGAAGCUUUGUACCAUAUAUAGAGCUAAAGCGAUGGUUGAGGACUUUGUGGAUGCUAUCUUCCCCAUGGUCCGUGAGUCAUUAUAUGUUGAAACUCUUCAUCCUAAGGUUAAAGUAAAAAAGAGGCUCUCAAGAAGAGUUCUGUUUGAAAGGGUUAAAGUACUGAACGAUCGUGAAACUGAGAAUGUAUUUUGUGGAUUUAGACCAGUAGCUCCUUCAUCAGAUCUGUCAAAAGCUGCCAGAGCAAAGCGGUUACUUCAGAAGAAGGCAACAAUAAGGGAGAAGAAGAAAGCUGAGGCACUGGCUUCUGGCGCUGAUUGGCAAAGUGAUGACUCAGAUGAUGACCCUCCGCAGGAAGUACACCGAGAACCUCCCCUUCCUAAUCUUCUGAAAGACGAAGAGCAUCAUCGCCUUAUAAUAGAUUUGUGUAAAUCGCUGGCUUCUUUGCAAAGGUAUUGGGAGGCAUUGGAGAUUAUUAAUCUCACUCUAAGAUUAGCUCAUAGCAUGCUGUCUGUGGAGAAGGAGGAAGAGCUUAGAUCUCUUGGAGCUCAGAUAGCUUACAACACCACAGAUCCUAAGCAUGGAUUUGACUGUGUAAGAUACAUUGUUCAGCAGCAUCCUUACAGCCUUGCUGCCUGGAAUUGCUAUUACAAAGUAAUUUCAAGAGUGGACAAUCGAGAUUCAAGGCAUUUUAAGUUUCUUCGUGGUAUGCUAAGCAAACUCGUAGAUUGUGUACCACCCAUUAUCAUUUAUGCACAUCAAUUUACCAUGGCCAGCAAUCAUCAACAUGCCGCAACAAAAUACCUUGAAGCAUAUAAACGGUUGCCAGAGAAUCCCUUGAUUAAUCUGUGUGUUGGAACUGCCUUGAUUAAUUUAGCACUUGGAUUCAGACUUCAAAACAAGCAUCAGUGUCUUGCACAAGGCUUGGCUUUCCUCUACAACAAUUUACGGCUUUGUGAAAACAGUCAGGAAGCAUUAUAUAACAUAGCCCGAGCAUAUCAUCAUGUUGGCCUUGUAGCUCUUGCAGCAUCAUAUUAUGAAAAGGUGCUUGCUAUUCGGGUGAAAGAUUACCCCAUUCCAAAGCUUCCUUGUGAGAAUCCAGACAUUGUUGGAAAUCAAAAACCAGGAUAUAAACCAGGGUAUUGUGACCUCCGCAGAGAAGCAGCUUACAAUCUGCAUCUGAUUUACAAAAAAAGUGGAGCACUAGAUCUUGCUAGGCAAGUCUUGAAAGAUCAUUGCACCAUUUGAGCAUACAUCCUAUAUACUAACUAUUAGCAAAGCUCAAGCACAAGCAUGAAAAACUGGAUCAUCUUAUUUGUAGUUUCACUCAAAUGUAAAGAUAAAUUAGCUUAAAAUUCAUCAUGUUCUAUUAUUGACCUAUUUAUGGGAACAUAGUUGUACAACUUCACAAUUCAAGAGUUAGCAUUUAUGAAGGAUCAGGUUGAUAAGUUGGCUAUGUUGCCAAGUUUACAUUGAAAAAUAAAAACAAUACUAUCAUUGGAUUAAGUUAUUUUUUCAAUGGUCUUUGCUAAUCCUACUAUCUCUGCCUGUUAUGGGUGUUGACUGUUGA